CUUCAGGCGGGAAUCCAAUCCGAGAUAGCGGAUGAUUGGUCGGGCGACACGCUGAACAAGGAUGAAACGCCGGCAGACUCAGGCUCAGCCCCCGGUAUUAGAUCAAAGUUGUCGCACACGAGACUGCUACGAGCAAUCGCGCUUGUGCGAGGAGAUACACACUCCACUACUCUGGGGAACGCUCAGGUGAUUCAGCAGGGAGCAUUACUUAAAGUGCUCCGGACUCAUCUAUGCAGAAACAGACUCUCGCGGGUCUCCCUGCACAGGGCCUCGUUGAGAAGCGCAGUCUCUCACCCGGUGAGGAUGUCGAAAAAUACGGGCAUGGUCCGCUCCACGACACUGGCAAGGACCUGCCUCUCACAACACGUCUCGGUAUCAGCCCGGACUCUUUCAGGCGCGCCGACACUGUCAUGGUUCCAAAUGAUCCGAACGAUCCAUCAGCCGGAUACCAUGAGGAAGCGCCUACUCUUCGCCACGUCAUGAAGAACAGGCAUCUUCAAAUGAUUGCUGUCGGUGGUUCUAUCGGCACCGGUCUCUUUAUCGGUUCUGGCGGUGCUCUUGCUCGUGGAGGUCCUCUCGGAGUUCUGCUUGCUUGGGUCAUCAUGGGUAUUAUGCUUUUCUGUGUCGUACACGCUAUGGGUGAGCUCGCAGUCAUGUACCCGGUCGAGGGUGGCUUCUAUACAAUGGCAAAUCGUUUCUUGGAUCCUGCAUGGGGUUUCGCUAUGGGUUGGAACUACGUAUUCCAGUGGGUGAUCGUUUUGCCCUUGGAGUUGACUGCAGCGUCUCUUACAGUGCAGUACUGGGACACAGACGGUAGUAUCAGCAUUGCCGUCUGGAUUACGAUCUUUUGGGUGUUCAUUAUCUUGAUCAACGUGUUUGGCGCACUUGGUUUCGCCGAGGAAGAAUUCUGGGCUUCGGCGUGGAAGCUGCUCAUCGUCAUCAUGUUCAUCUUCAUUGCAAUCAUCAUGAACUGCGGCGGUGGCCCCUCCAGCGGUGCAUACUCGGAAUACGUUGGCGGGCGAUAUUGGCGCGAUCCAGGUCCCCUGGCCAAUGGCUUCAAGGGUGUCGCCUCAGUCUUCGUCACUGCAGCCUUCUCCUUUGCAGGUACAGAGCUCGUUGGUCUCGCUGCUGCAGAGUCGGCAAACCCUCGCAAGAACUUGCCAUCAGCCAUCAAGCAGGUCUUUUGGCGUAUCACGAUCUUCUACAUUCUCACACUUCUUCUCAUCGGCCUCUUGCUUCCUUACAACGAGCCUCGUCUUACUGGUGGAGCCAACUCGUACGAUGCGCGUGCCUCUCCCUUCGUCAUCGUCGUUGCCAAGGCAGGCAUCAAGGGAGUGGACCACCUGGUCAACGUCACUGUCAUGAUUUCUGUUCUCUCGAUCGCCAACGCUUGCGUCUACGGUGGUUCUCGCACUCUCUGCGCUCUUGCUCAGCAAGGAUUUGCUCCCAAGUUCUUUGCGUACAUUGACAAGUGCGGUCGUCCUCUUACUGCCACUGUCCUGUCACUCUUAUUCGGACCUCUGGCUUACGUCAACUUGGCUGCUCAGGGCGGUGAUGUCUUUGACUGGCUUCUUGCAGUCGCUGGUCUCUCGACUUUGUUCACUUGGGGCUCCAUCUGCCUUUGCCACAUCCGUUUCCGACAGGGUUGGCGCGCACAGGGUCACUCGGUCCGCGAGAUUCCUGUCCAAGCUGCUUGGGGAGAGUUUGGUUCUUACUUUGGUCUCUUCCUCGUCAUCUUUGUGCUUGCACUUCAACUUUACGUUGCUGUCUCGCCACUCGGAGGACCUGCUUCUGCAGAGGGCUUCUUCAAGGCAUACUUGGCUGCACCCGUCGUCAUUGUCUUCUACAUUAUCGGCUACUUCAUUUUCAAGACAAGGCCUGUUGGCGUGCUCCAGAUGGACCUCGACACUGGACGCAAGGUCUGGGACACUGUCGAGGAGAUUGAGGCUGACAAGGCAAUGGCCAAGCAGCAGCCAGCCUAUGUGCGCAUCUACAAGUUCUUCUGCUAGAUGCUUGCUUGUUUCUCAUAACCUCAUAGAGCAUCUAUCUAGUAUUACAAAGGUAUCUAUAUUGUGCUGUUGGCUGAUGUGCAGCGUGCUUGUACACUCACAUCCUGAUCUUCCCUAUAUUGGCUUCGUGCAUCCCAAGAGCAGAAUGCCUUAUUACGCUCAAAUACCUUCAGUGCAACCUUGACAUUGGCCACAAAGUCUUGAACAUCUUGUCCACGCGAAGCAGACCAUGAGUAGGGUGAUUGGGUGGAUCCAGGGAAGAAGAGUCCAAGAAGGUCUCUGGACACGGACAGGAUGCCAGGCCAAGCUUGACUGUUACCCUG